CAUUUCGAUUCCCUAACUGCCCUUGUCCACAUUGCUCCUCAUCUCCGUUUUCCCGGCAAAACCCUCUCAUUCGACGGCUCGACACUUGGAGUUGGCUUCAUCAAGCUGGAAACGCUGAUUACUUUACAAAAUUGACUUGUUAUUGGUUGGUGGGUAAAAUGAAGAAAUCACCAUUGCCACUGAAAAACAUAUGUGGACCUGAGAAGAAGUCCAUUGGGAAGGAAGCUUUGGUGAAGCUAUUGAGAUGGCAUUUUGGGUAUGCCAACUUCCGGGGGAAGCAAUUAGAAGCUAUUGAAGCUGUUUUAUCAGGAAGGGAUUGCUUUUGCUUAAUGCCUACCGGUGGGGGAAAAUCAAUGUGCUACCAGAUUCCUGCUCUUGCAAAGCCUGGGAUUGUACUUGUUGUUAGCCCUUUAAUAGCUCUCAUGGAGAAUCAAGUUUCGGCAUUGAAAGAAAAAGGAAUUUCAGCUGAGUUUCUCUCAUCAACUCAGACUUCUCAAGUAAAAACUAAGAUAUACGAGGACAUUGAAUCUGUGAAGCCGAAACUGAGGUUAUUGUAUGUGACACCAGAACUAAUUGAUACUGUUGGAUUCAUGUCAAGACUGGUGAAAAUUCACUCAAGAGGAUUGCUAAAUCUUAUUGCUAUUGAUGAGGCACAUUGCAUCUCUUCAUGGGGCCAUGAUUUCAGGCCUAGCUACCGGAAGCUUUCUUCCUUGAGGAGCCGCCUACCAAACAUACCAGUGUUGGCUUUGACAGCAACUGCUGCUCCUAAAGUUCAGAAAGAUAUAAUAGGAUCGUUGUCCUUGCAGAGCCCUCUAGUUCUGAAGUCAUCUUUCAACCGCCCAAAUAUCUAUUAUGAAGUUAGAUAUAAAGAUCUUUUGGAUGAUCCAUAUGCUGAUGUCUGUAAUCUACUUAAAUCUUGCGGAAAUGUCUGUGCAAUCGUUUACUGCCUCGAACGUACAACUUGUGAUGAUCUUGCCAGCCAUCUGACCACAUAUGGCAUUUCUUGUGCUGCAUAUCAUGCUGGCUUAAAUAAUAAACUGCGGACCUCUGUCUUGGAUGACUGGAUUUCCUCCAAAACACAAGUAGUUGUGGCAACAGUGGCUUUUGGGAUGGGCAUAGACCGAAAGGAUGUCAGAGUUGUCUGCCACUUCAAUACUCCUAAGUCAAUGGAAGCUUUCUAUCAGGAAUCAGGUAGAGCUGGUCGUGAUCAAUUGCCCUCCAGAAGUGUCUUGUAUUAUGGAGUGGAUGACCGUCGAAAAAUGGAAUUUAUUUUAAGCAAUUCUGAAAGAAAGAAACAGUCUUCAAGUUUACAAGAUGGUUCCUCAAAGAAGGCACUUGAUAACUUCAGACAGAUGGUUGAGUAUUGUGAAGAAUCUGGUUGUCGCCGAAAAAAGAUACUUGAGAGCUUUGGGGAGAUGGUAUCUGCAUCUUUAUGUGAAAAAUCAUGUGAUGCUUGCAAACAGCCCAAUAUUGUUGCUAAAAACUUGGAGGAGCUUAAAACUGCUGCCGCAUUUUGCCAACGAAAUGGAUCUUCACGGAUAUUUAUAACCAGCUUAUCAAACUUCAAGGAUGGAGACUACUCUGAAUUCUGGAAUCAUGGUGAUGAGGCAAGCGGGUCAGAAGAAGAUAUAUCUGAUUCAGACGAUUGCAUGAAUACAGAAGCUCUUGAUGCUGCAAAGAAUGUAGCAUCAACAGGAAGAUCAACAAAAUUAAGAAUUCAAGACAAAAUUGAAAUGCUGCAACGCGCAGAAGAGAAAUAUUAUCAGAACAAAAAUCCUGAGAAGCAGGUAAAUAAACUUGACAAAAAUGCAAUACCUGAAACAUUAAGAGAGACUGGCAGACAAAGAUUGUUAAACACAUUAAAACAAAACGAGAAGCGGUUCUCUGAUUUAAGGAUGAGCUUCGAAGAUUCUGCCUCGAUUCUUGAAAAUGAAUGUUACAAGAAGUACAGUAAAAGCGGGAAGUCCUUUUAUUUAUCUAAAAUGGCAAGUACAGUAAGGUGGCUCUCAACAGCAGACCCAACAGAACUAACAAAUAAGCUCGGCUGUGCUCCUGAUCCUCCCAAGGAUCUACAACAACCUUCAGAAGCGAACUGUUCUUCAGAAUCACUGACUUCAUCAAUCGCAUUAUCAGCAGGAUUGAAUAACGAGAAAACCAACAGCGCUGUUUUAGAAACAGAAGCAGCUGAAAAUGUCUCCCCUGCUACAACAUUGCCACCAAUCCCAUCUUUCUCCGAGUAUAUUAACAGUAGAAAAGUGAAGAGCCACCAUGAAUCCAAAUCAAAAAAGCGUUUACCUGAUAUGUCCCAAAAGAAUAUACAAAAGAAAAUGCGAUCUUAAUUUAGUGGCUUUAUUUGUUAUUUUUGUUUACCUCCUGUAUUUGACUGCAACUGGCAAUGUUUGCAAUAUGAUUGCUUAGAAUUUGUUUCCUAGUUAUUUUCUUCUUAAUGUAACCUGUCAUUCAUUUUGAAAA